UCGAGUCGGUCUUGUUCCUGCAAAGUAAAGAAAAAGAAAAUUAUUAAUAGUUGUUACAAAGUGGCAAGUCUAGGCGUUCUUCAAAUACUUGGUCGUUAGGGAUUUCGCUGGAUUAUCCCGUGGAUCUUCCCCUGGUUCCCUUGUACGGGUUGCGGUAGAAAACUAAGUUUAACAGUGGCGACGAGGUUAAAGUGGAUAGUAUUCGGAACCACAUCGACUGACCCGAGGACUGGCUGGUUGGCAUACCGGCAUAUGCAGUUAUAAGAAAUUUAUUCGCCAAAGACGCAAAGGAGAUUUUAAAACAAUUCAAGAGACGAAAUAAAAUACCCUUUUGCUUAGGAAGGAUUCGCAAAUCCUGUCAGUUGUUCUACAAAACCGAUCCGCUGAAAAUUAUCCGUGGCGAGGGACAAUACAUGUACGACGAGGAAGGUACGCGCUAUUUGGACUGCAUCAAUAAUGUCGCCCACGAUAUGUCAACUGGAACUCCAUCCACUAUUCCCGUAGUGGUAACUAGAUGUAGAGUGGGCCAUUGCCAUCCAACGGUGGUGGAAGCCGGCAUGCGUCAAAUCGCCACUUUAUCGACCAACAAUCGCUUUCUGCACGACGAGCUGGUGAAGUGUGCCCAAACGCUCACAGAAAAGAUGCCUUCGGGUCUUUCCGUCUGCUAUUUCGUCAACUCGGGAUCAGAGGCUAACGAUCUGGCCUUACGACUUGCCCGGCAACACACCAAACGGCACGAUAUCAUUACUCUGGAUCAUGCCUAUCACGGUCAUGUUUCUGCUGUAAUGGAAAUAUCCCCGUACAAAUUCAACCAACCGGGAGGUGAUCCGAAGCCCGACUUCGUACAUGUUGCACCUUGUCCAGAUGUCUAUCGUGGUAAACAUCGGGAUUGUGAUUACCCUGAAGAUGCUGACUUGGGACAACUGUACGCUGACGAAGUUGCUCGGUUGAUCGAACAAAACCCAAACAAAAUCGCUGCCUUCAUAGCUGAGAGUCUACAAAGCUGCGGCGGACAAAUCAUCCCACCUAAAAAUUACUUUAAAAAAGUCUAUGACCUUGUCCGAAGUGCGGGAGGUGUAACUAUAGCUGAUGAAGUUCAAGUUGGGUUUGGACGUAUUGGUACACAUUACUGGGCCUUCGAGCCACACGAGGUAGUCCCAGAUAUUGUCACGGUAGCCAAGCCAAUGGGUAACGGACAUCCGGUUGGUGCCGUCGUGACUACACCUGAGAUCGCUGAAAGCUUCGCUUCGACCGGAGUUUGCUAUUUUAAUACGUACGGUGGUAACCCAGUUUCUUGUGCGAUCGCAAAUGCCGUUAUGCGCGUCAUUGACGAAGAAAAACUCCAAGAAAAUGCACUUCACGUAGGCAAAUAUCUUCUUGACCAGUCUUGGGCCUUGCAGUAUGAGUACGACGCGGUUGGAGAUGUACGUGGAACGGGUCUGUUCAUCGGAAUCGAAUUAGUUUCGAAUAGGAGGACUCGUACACCGGCAACCAAACUUGCGAAAGCCGUUGUCGACAGAAUGAAAACUGUGCACAAAAUUCUUGUGAGCAGUGAUGGACCUGAUGACAAUGUUAUCAAACUGAAGCCACCAAUGGUAUUCAGCGCAGAGAACGCCGAUCAGUUCUUGUACGGGAUUCGUGAAUGUCUGGCUCACUUUGAGAAUCAGGAGAAAUCUCAAAAUACAACCGGAACCGAAAUGCGACCGGUCGUCGUGAUUCCAGCUCCUACAACCGGAGGAUUGUGCAGUUUAUCGAGUAGUGCUAUUAGUGAAAAACCGGACCUUAUCAAGUCUGUUUGAUGAUACCAAAGAUGAAAAACAGUUCUAAAAUACUUACUUGUUUUAUAAAUAUUAUUGUUUAGGGAUAAUUUUUUAAUAAACUUUAUGUUUAAUGCAUCGAAA